UAUGGGUUACACUCAUGUUACACCAUACUCUGUUACACCAUCAAAGAUUUAAGGUUACGCGUUUGAAUAUAAAACCCGUUAUAACAUUGAAUUUGAUAGUUAUAAAUUCAAUGGUUAUAAUUCAAAGGGUUACGCCUUAGAGAAGGAAAGAGAAGGUUAUGCAGUUUACUGUUUUGUGGGUUAUGUUUUACGUUUUGUCCAGAGAUAUACUCUGGUUUAACUCGUAGAUUCAGUGUAGAAUGUAGGAUUUUCCUCUUUUCAACUUACAAAUAAACUUCCACAUAAAAAAGUAUAAGAAGCACUGUAAAAUAUCUUAUACCUCGUCUUAUACAAUAUCCAAACAAGCAUCAAAUGGAGAGCCCCAGAAAACGUAAUUGUAAAAACACUCAAACAAUUAUAGAUUCUGUCCAGAAUCCAGAGGAAGAAGAGGAAUUAGAGACAAUUGAAAAUGUACCCCCUGCAGUAAUUGUACACAAUCCACAAGCCAUUUUCAUCGAACCAUUCUAUGGGGGUUCACACAAACAGUUAAUUGAUACACUGGUUAAAUACAUUCCCAACAGUCACGUUAUUACGUUAUCGGCAAAGAAGUGGCAUUGGCGUGCUCGGUGCGGUUCAUUAAUGAUCCAGUCGUUAAUUCCCCCCAUUUCAACUGAAAGUGUAUUGUUUUGUAGCUCUGUUCUAAGCCUUUGUGAACUUUUAGGUAUGCGACCUGACUUGCAGAAAUUAAAAAAAAUUGUUUACUUUCACGAAAAUCAAUUGGUUUAUCCAAUCAGGGAAAUAAAACAAAGAGACAUACAAUUUGCGUAUAAUCAAAUGACAACAUGCUUAGCCGCUGAUGUUCUUAUAUUCAACUCAAAUUAUAACAAAAUGUCAUUUUUAAACAACUUGGGAAAUGUGACAAAAAUAUUUCCCGAUAACAAACCGAAGAAUCUUAAAACUAAAAUAGAACCUAAAUGUAUUGUUUUAUACUUUCCGUUAGAGCUCUCAAAGAAUUGGGAAGCUGUUCCUAAGGCUAACAGUGUUCUGCACAUCGCAUGGCCACAUCGUUGGGAGUUUGAUAAGGAUCCAGAUACUUUCCUUAAUUUACUUAAACGGCUGAAAUGUGAAAAUAUUACCUUCCAAGUAUCAUUACUCGGAGAAACUUUUGCUGAUGUACCAGAAAUAUUUGAUGAAGCCAAAGAAGUGUUGAAAGAUGAAAUUGUGCAUUUCGGCUUUGUCGAAAAUAAAGCCGAAUACUACAAAGUUCUGCAACAUUGCCAUGUAGCCAUUUCAACAGCACGACAUGAGUUUUAUGGUGUCUCUAUGUUAGAAGCUUGUUUUUAUGGGUGUUUCCCGUUAGUUCCCAACCGAUUGGUGUAUCCUGAAAUUUAUCCCUCUCAAUGUAUCUACUCUGACGACACUGAAUUAUAUCUUCGUUUAAAGCAAUAUUGUUUAGUACCAGAUUUAGCUACGCAGCAUAGAAACUCCCUAAAGAUGGAUUUUAAUUGUUUCUCUGUUGAUGAAUUGGUACCACAAUACUUAAAGUUAUUUUAGUGCUAUAUGUACUAAUUGUGAUAAUUUGCUGUUAGGUAUUUGUUGUUAAUGCAUCCCUAUGUUUAAAAAGUUCCAUAUUAUAGUAUCUAAAUAAAAGUAGGUAUAAUAAAAUGGAUUUAGUGAA